CUGCGGGAGUUGCUGGGAGUGCGCGCGGGCAGAUCACAAGGCGGCGGCGGCGGAGAAGGCCUGUAGACCUGCUCGCUCGCUCCUCGAUCGCGGCCUACGCCAAACCCUGUGCGCAUCCGACGACCGGGAGCCUCAGCCUCCAUUCAUCUCCAUCUCUGAGGUACUGUGUUCCGCGCUGCUCGCGGGGCCGCCCAGUUCGCUGCUGCGGCGCCUCCUUCCUUCCUCCUUCCCUCGCGCCCUCUCGCUCGCCAGCGCCUUCCCUGCCAGCCUGCGUCACCGCGGCCGCCAUGGCUGAGAACGGCGAGAGCAGCGGCCCCCCGCGCCCCUCCCGCGGCCCUGCUGCGGCCCCAGGCACGGCUCCGGCUCCGGCUCCGGCUCCGGCUGCGGCUCCGGCUGCGGCUGCGGCUCCGGCUGCGGCUCCGGCUGCGGCUCCGGCUGCGGCUGCGGCUGCGGCUGCGGCUCCGGACGAGCCCAAGAUCAUCAAAGUCACCGUGAAGACCCCCAAAGAGAAAGAGGAGUUCGCGGUGCCUGAGAAUAGCACCGUGCAGCAGUUUAAGGAAGCGAUUUCUAAACGCUUCAAAUCGCAAACCGAUCAGCUGGUGCUGAUUUUCGCCGGAAAGAUCUUGAAAGAUCAAGAUACCUUGAUGCAGCAUGGCAUCCAUGAUGGACUGACUGUUCAUCUUGUCAUCAAAAACCAGAACCGCCCUCAGAACCAGGCCACCACGCAGCCGCAGCCUAGCACUACCUCGGGAACGAGCACGACGACCACCACCACCACCACCACGUCGGCGGCGGCGGCCGCGGCGGCGCCGGCGGCGCCAGCGUCGACCACGGCUCCCAGGAGUAACUCCACACCUACUACCACAAAUAGCAAUCAGUAUCCGGCGGGGAGCCUGGGAGGACUUGCUAGCCUUAGCACCCUGGGUUUGAGCUCGACCACCUUCACUGAGCUUCAGAACCAGAUGCAGCAGCAGCUCCUGGCCAGCCCUGAGAUGAUGAUCCAAAUCAUGGAAAAUCCCUUUGUUCAGAGCAUGCUUUCGAAUCCUGAUCUGAUGAGGCAGCUCAUUAUGGCCAAUCCGCAGAUGCAACAAUUGAUCCAGAGAAACCCAGAAAUCAGCCACCUACUGAACAACCCAGAUAUAAUGAGGCAGACUCUGGAAAUCGCCAGGAAUCCUGCCAUGAUGCAAGAGAUGAUGAGAAAUCAAGAUCUGGCCCUCAGCAAUCUCGAAAGCAUCCCAGGUGGCUACAAUGCUCUGCGGCGCAUGUACACUGACAUUCAGGAACCCAUGCUGAAUGCCGCACAGGAGCAGUUUGGGGGUAAUCCCUUUGCCACGGUGGGGAGCAGUUCCUCAGGGGAAGGCACCCAGCCUUCCCGCACCGAAAACCGGGAUCCGCUGCCCAAUCCUUGGGCACCACCGCCAGCUACGCAGAGCUCUCCGACCAUCCCCACGACCACAAGCAGUGGCAGUGUGCCUGUCACUCGCUCCAGUGCUAACAGCGCGAACACCAUGGCGGCAGCUAAUUAUGUUGCUACCAUCUUCAGCACCCCAGGAAUGCAGAGCCUGCUGCAACAGAUAACUGAAAAUCCCCAGCUGAUUCAGAAUAUGCUGACUGCACCCUACAUGAGAAACAUGAUGCAGUCGCUGAGCCAGAAUCCAGAUCUGGCUGCCCAGAUGAUGAUGAGUAGCCCGCUGUUUGCUGCAAAUCCUCAGCUGCAAGAGCAGAUGCGUCCGCAGCUCCCGACUUUCCUGCAGCAGAUGCAGAAUCCCGACACAAUUGCGGCCAUGUCAAACCCGAGAGCAAUGCAAGCGUUAAUGCAGAUCCAGCAGGGGCUACAGACACUAGCCACUGAAGCACCUGGCCUCAUUCCAAGCUUCGCUCCAGGUGUGGGGGUGGGAGUCCUGGGAACCACCAUUACACCUGUGGGCCCAGCAGUCACUCCCAUAGGGCCCAUCGGCCCUAUAGUUCCUUUCACCCCCAUAGGCCCCAUUGGGCCUAUAGGACCCACUGUUCCUGCGAGCUCGCCUGGCUCCACCGGCACCGGGGUCCCUCCUGCAACCACUGUGACCAGCUCUAUACCUACUGAAACCAUAACCCUAAGUCCAACAACCGAUUCUGGACCCAGCCAGCAGUUCAUUCAGCAGAUGGUGCAGGCUCUGGCUGGAGCAAAUCCUCCCCACCUGCCGAAUCCAGAAGUGAGAUUUCAGCAGCAACUGGAACAACUCAACGCCAUGGGGUUCUUGAAUCGUGAAGCAAACUUGCAGGCCCUAAUAGCAACAGGAGGCGACAUCAAUGCGGCCAUUGAGAGGCUGCUGGGCUCUCAGCCAUCGUAAUUACAUUUCUGUACCUUGAAAAAAAUGUAUCUUAUUUUUGAUAAUGGCUCUUAAAUCUUUAAACACACGAAAUCGUGCUUUACUUUUAUUUUGAUUCUUUUAAAUCUGUCUACUUAUAAAUCUAAUACGAUGCAUUUUAAGGUGGAGUCCCUCCCUUCUUUCCUCGCAGCCCCUCCUCCCGCCACCCUCCCUCCCACCCUCCCUUCCCUUCCCUUCCAGCCUGC